AUGUCGUCAGCAGGGCCAGCGUCAGGACAAUCCGAAGCAGCUUGGAAGCAGCAGAUCGCUUCCAAGAUCGCCAAAGAUGAACGUCCUCAAACUGAGGAUGUCCUCAACACCAAAGGCAACGAGUUUGAAGACUACUUUCUGAAACGGGAACUUCUCAUGGGUAUCUUCGAAGCCGGUUUCGAACGUCCUUCCCCCAUCCAAGAAGAAGCUAUCCCUAUCGCCCUCACCGGUCGUGAUAUUCUUGCGCGUGCCAAAAACGGUACUGGCAAGACCGCCGCCUAUGUCAUUCCUUCGCUCGAAAAGCUCAACACCAAGAAGAACAAGAUCCAGGCUGUUCUCCUUGUGCCCACUCGUGAGCUUGCUCUUCAAACAAGUCAGGUCGCAAAGACACUUGGCAAGCACCUCGGUGUUGAAGUCAUGGUCACUACUGGUGGUACCACUUUGCGAGAUGAUAUCUUGCGUCUAGGACAGACUGUUCACAUGCUUGUCGGUACUCCUGGUCGUAUCCUCGAUCUUGCCGGUAAGGGUGUAGCUGAUCUCAGCCAGUGUCAUACUUUCGUCAUGGACGAGGCCGACAAGCUUCUCUCGCCCGAAUUCACCCCUGUCAUGGAGCAGCUUCUCAGCUUCUUGCCCAAAGAGCGACAAGUCAUGCUUUUCUCCGCCACUUUCCCUCUGAUCGUCAAGGACUUCAAAGAUCGCAACAUGGUCAAGCCGUACGAGAUCAACCUCAUGGACGAGCUCACCCUCCGUGGUGUCACCCAAUACUACGCCUUUGUCGAAGAGCGACAAAAGGUGCACUGUCUCAACACGCUCUUCUCCAAACUCCAGAUCAACCAAUCCAUCAUCUUCUGUAAUUCCACCAACCGUGUCGAACUGCUCGCCAAGAAGAUUACAGAGUUGGGAUACAGCUGCUUCUACUCGCACGCCAAAAUGCUUCAAUCCCACCGAAACAGGGUUUUCCACGACUUUCGUAACGGUGCAUGCCGCAACCUGGUCUGUUCGGAUCUUUUGACGCGCGGUAUUGACAUUCAAGCGGUGAAUGUGGUGAUCAACUUUGAUUUCCCGAAGAACGCAGAGACGUAUUUGCACAGAAUUGGUAGGUCGGGUAGAUUCGGUCAUUUGGGUUUGGCGAUCAACCUAAUCACGUACGAGGAUAGGUUUAAUCUGUAUAGGAUCGAGCAGGAGUUGGGGACGGAGAUCCAACCGAUUCCGAGCAAUAUUGAUAAGAGGUUGUAUGUUGCCCCGAGUCUUAUUCAGGAGGGGGAGAAAGGAGGUCAGAAUGGGAAUAGGCAGGAAGGUAGACCGGUGAUUCCGCCGGGUCAGCAGGCUAUGCAUGCAAGUGCGAUUCCGCAGAAUCAGAACUUCAGUAAUAGUGUACCGCAUAGGCAUAGGGGUGGUGGAUCACGAGGCGGUGGUGGUGGUACGGGUAGGGGACAGGGUGCCCCGCCUGCGCAAUAA